UUUUUGUAUAUCAUAUAUACAUAUGAUGAGCUUCAGUGGAAAGUAUUUUUGAUUGACCAUAGCACGUGUAUAUGUAUAGUGGCAUAUAAGUAAAGAAAGCAUAUUUCUUGUGAAAAUUCAGUACACAGAUAUGACUUUUGAUCAGUUUUAAACUGUAAACUGUAGCAUAAAAUGGAAACUUCUACGCUUUUUAAUCUAGGAGGAACAUGAAGUGGACGGUGCUGCAUUACAGGCCAGUUAAAAUAAAGACAAUCAGUUUGUUGUUUACAAACAUUUUAUUCAAUUUUAAUAGUCUUCCGUGCGUCAAAGCCAAAGGUGUUAUAUGUCGACAACACGAUGGUGUUGACCGAUGUUGUACCAAUUACAGAGAGGAGAGGGGAAUAUGUAUUCCUUGUAUUGGAUCCUUUGGUAUCAACUGUACCGGUGGUAAAUGUGUAGAGGGAUUCUUUGGCUUUGGCUGUCGAGAGAAAUGUAACUGCAGCGUACACGAAGUAUGUGAUCACAGGAUAGGAUGUCAAAAGAAAGUCUCUGAACUUUCUAACACUACAACUGUAACAGAGAGCCGCUGCAUGGCUGUGAUAAUCCCUCUAUGUGCAUCCAUAUUAUGUCUCCUUGUAUUGUUGCUGGCCGUUGUGAUAAGAAGCAAAAUAUUGCUAAACCGCUUGAGAAUCCAAAGAAUUCAUCGAAGGGAGAAUACCAAUUGUACUGAUACCGGAUCUCAGAAUUAUGUAUCAGCUGAUUAUCAGUCAUAUGUUGUAUGUGAUCCAAUUUCUGUGACUGGGGUUAGAUACCCAGAAAAUCAUUUCGAACACUCUGAUAACAGUGACUAUGUAUCGCCAGUGUUGCCGCGCCGUGUAGACGUUCAGAUGUCUGUGAAAGACGCACUCGAAAAGAAUAGAAAAAGAACUGGAAGUUUACAUUUACUUCCACACAGAAAUCUCUUGCAGCAUGACACAAGCUACCAAAGUGGGUAUCUUUCUGCUGUUCACAGACAACAGAACUGUAAUAAUGGAGAAGCUCCUCAUUAUGCAGAUGUUGAAGAUUCAUAAAUAGUUUAUGUUCUGUUCUAUUAAAAUAUAUUAUGCUUCAUUCUAUAAAAUCAUAUACUGAAAACUUUUUUUUUCAUAGUCGCAAGAAUGGAAAUAUUUGCGUUGUUGGUUGAAGUGCAAAAGACUGUCUGUAUUGCAACAGUAUUAAAAUUUUUAUUUCACGGAGGUAUUUCUUCAGAAUUAUGCUCAUUCUCUCUGAAACAUGACAUUUCCCUUUAAAAAUUAAAUAUUUUAGAAUUGGG